CCUUGACGACCUGGGCAAGAUGGCGACGCUACAGGGCGGACUUCUGGGGCCGGACCCGGGAGCGCUGAGCCCCGCGCAACAGGAGCAGCUGCGCAACUUCAAGAUUCAGACUCGGAUUGCUAAUGAAAAAUACCUGAGGACCCACAAAGAAAUAGAGUUGCUCAUAAGUGGUUUCUUCAGAGAAAUGUUUUUGAAAAGACCAGACAGCAUCCAAGAAUUUUCUGCAGCUCCAGCAGAUGCUGCCUCUGAUUCACAUUUAUGCCGGGUGUAUAAAAACCAUCCUCUGUCGUCAUCGUGUGAGAGUCUGGCUCUCCUCUGAGAGGAUAUUCUCAGAGAGGAGAGGGCGUGAGAGCUCAGAGACAAGCUGGCAAGCUGAGCUGAGACGAGAAUAACACUUGGCAUUUUUUUGGGCCCCAGGAUGGGCCGGGAGCAGCAAACCCAGAGAUCCCUCAGCCCUCUGAUGGCUCCCCGUGCGUCAGCAAGCUGAUGAGCUGCCGGCUGGUGUGGCCGGGCCCGGAGCCAUUCUGUGUCAGCCCCUCCCGGGAAGGCGGGAGCUGGCAGGCUCAGCACUACUCCGGGCGGAGAUGGGGACCACGGGAUCUGCUGUGACUUCUGUUACUUGUUGGAAAGCAGGGCCGCCAGGAACAGGCCUGCUGAGGCUGAGCCAGCCUUGCUUUUGAGCCGAGUGAGCGGACUCCCUCCCCGCCUUCUCCCCUUGGGUUUAGAUAAUUUCUUCUUUUCGAUUCUCAUCCCAGACUAUUUCACGGAUCCAAGACUUCCCAACAAGAUUCACAUGCAACUAAUUAAGGAGAAGAAAGCGGCUUAAUUAGCAGAAUCAGGAUGCUCAGCUGUUGAGAGAGACCAGGAAGAAUCCAGCCUCAGGGUGGGUGUUAACCUCGCUUACAGACAGAGGCUGCUUUGCUCUUGUCAAAAUAAAGUCUGGGCUUCUCGGCCCGGAGUGUGAAGGAAACCAGAGGGAGAAGCGGCAGAGAAGUUUCAUGCAAAAGUGUUUCGUUUUCUUGACACUAUUUUGGGGAAUUAGGGGCUGUGAAGAGUGGCCCAGGGUUUGUCUGGCAUGUCCAUGGCAGGAAGAGACAUCUGUCUUCAGAGCCUGGUGGAAUGGAGUCGGAGAGUGGAAGCGGAACCGUGUGGGAGUGAGGAGUGAGGAGUGGCAGGGAGACGGGGGUGGGACCCACUGGUAUCCAGACCCCACUGUCAGACUGUGGAAUACUGGAAUAGCGCGCACUCUCGCAGAUGGCCUUUUCCUUCUGUCGCUGGUGCGGGGAGCAGAGAGGGUUCCCAUUGCUUCUGGAAGGGGCGGGAACAGUUUCCUUCGCAGCACCUUGGACAAGGGACUUUCCUGUUACCCGUUCUUUUCAAACCAGGCUCUGCCCAGGAGGGUUGUCUCCCAUUUUUCAGGCAGGAUGAUUUCUGAAAGAAUUUUGCAGGUUGGAAGCCACGUUCCUGGUGUCACCACACCGUUUGUAUUUUGCAGGGCCACCCGGAAGCAAGGGAGCCCUGUUGCCAUCAGAGUGGGGUCCCAAGCUACCUUGGGCCAUAUCUGCUGUUGCAAAGGCUUUUAAAGAUAUUCAUUAAAAACAGACCUUUCUAAUCUC